UGCGUAAAAGCGUGAGCGAGGGGGGUUUUUUUCUGAGGAUUGUAUUCUACACACUGUUUAAUUAUUGCGUGUUGCUUAGCAACAAACCAAAAUUUAAUGAACUUAAAUUUUAGUUGAGCUAGAAGAUGCAGAAUCGAAGAGGAAGCGAUGAUUCAACUAAGAAUAUUACAAAUAAAUUGUAUGAAAGCGUGGCUGACAAAAAAUGGAAAGAGAGGAAGCGAAACUUGCUCUAUUUAAUAUUUCAAUUCCUCAAGGAUGAAUGUUAUUUUGAAUCAGCAGAUUGUUUGGAGGCAGAGGCUCGUCUUUCACCGCAAUUCUCUGUGUGCGACAAUGUUGAUCUUCCAACAGUACUCCAAGAAUACGAAUCAUACUUUUACCUAAGAUACCAGAAACAGCCUAAAAUCUGCAAACAGCUUGAAAAGCCCCUUCAGCUCGCUAGAGACGGAAAAAGCAGUGCCAAGCACAAGCUACGACCAAAGAAGAGCGAGUCGAAAGACCUCGGCAAACAGGACGACAUUUCAGACCUGAUGAGCAUACAGUCCUUGAACAAAGACGGAGUAAGUGACACUACGGCCGAGGCAUCCUUCAAAGAGUCGUCAACUCCGAGCAGCAUCUACAAAGCACCUGAACUGCUGGAGCUCUCCGACAACAUCACCAGGGAGAUAGUUACCUCAAACCUGGACGUCAAAUGGGACGAUGUGGUUGGCCUAGAAAAAGCAAAACAGGCCUUGCAGGAAACUUUGAUCUUCCCCCUGCAGCACCCGCAACUCUUCCAAGGCAUUUUAGCUCCUUGGAAGUCGGUGCUGCUCUAUGGCCCGCCAGGCACUGGGAAAACAAUGCUGGCCAAAGCACUGGCAAGUGAGGGGAAAUUCACGUUCUUCAACAUCACAGCGACAAGCGUUGUUAGCAAGUGGAGAGGCGAGUCGGAAAAAUUGAUAAGGGUUCUGUUUGAAACUGCCAAGCACAAAGCACCUUCAGUCGUUUUUCUCGAUGAGUUUGAAGCCCUGGCAUGUCGGUCGACGGAUGAUCAUGAAGGGAGCAAAAGGCUCAGAGCCGAGUUUCUGAUGCAGCUCGACGGGCUCAACAGCUCGACCUCUGAGCAGGUCUUUGUGCUUGCGAUCACCAACUCUCCCUGGGCGCUUCAAAGCUCGAUUCUCCGUCGAUUUGAGAAAAGGAUAUUUGUGGACUUGCCAAAUGAAGAGGACAGAGAGGUCAUCAUCCGCCAGUUGCUCCCAGAGUCUGGAGGCACAAACCUGAACUGCUUGAUAGACUACAGGAGCGUUGCGCAGCGCACUGAAGGCUAUUCAGGGUCUGAUUUGAAGACCAUGUGCCGCGAAGCUGCAAUGAGCGUUUUGAGACAGACUUUAGCAAAAGCAGAGAACACCACAUCCAAAUCUGGGAAAUUGAAGAAGUUAAAUGUGACCACCAAUGAUGUCGAGCAGGCCAUCUCCAGGACCAAACCAUCGACCAGCACAAAGAAAAAUAUUUACAAAGAGUGGGAGCUUAGUCACGGAUCAGGCUAG